GACCUAUUUCUUCCUUCUUCUCGCCAUGAAUUCAGAGCAAUUCCGGGCUGCUGCUCACACGGCCAUUGACCAAAGUAACCUCCCUCCCUCCGCCCCUAACACCUUCUCCACCCCAACCUCUACCCAUAGCUAACAGGAAAACCGCUGAACAGUAAUUGACUACUACGACACUAUCGGAUCCCGCCGCGUAGUCUCCAACGUCUCGCCUGGGUACCUAAAACCCCUCCUCCCUCCCGGGCCCCCAGCCAACCCCGAACCUUGGGCCGACAUUCAAUCAGACAUAGAAUCCAAAAUCCUCCCCGGGAUAACCCAUUGGCAGAGCCCCAAUUUCCUCGCAUUCUUCCCCGCGAACUCCUCAUACCCCGGCAUCUUAGGAGAACUCUACUCUGCGACCUUCACCAGCGCAAACUUCAACUGGCUCUGCUCCCCCGCUGCUACAGAGUUGGAGACUAUUGUCCUGGACUGGCUUGCGCGGUUGCUCAAUCUCCCGGCAUGCUUUCUGAGCACGAGUAAGAAUGGUGGUGGAGGAGUUAUUCAGGGAAGUGCCAGCGAGGCUAUCUGCACGGUCCUCGUCGCAGCAAGGGAGCGGUACCUACGAAAUCUCGCUGCCGCAGGCAACUCGGCGGAAGAGAGCGAGGGGAUCGUAGAUGACAAUAGAUCAAAACUCGUCGCACUAUCCUCCGACCAAACCCACAGUUCCACACAAAAGGGCUGUCAAAUCACCGGCGUAAAGCACCAUUCCAUAAAGGUCCCCGGUAAUGCCACAGAGAAUUACAUCCUAACGGGUCCACUCCUUCGCAAGGCCCUAGAAGAAUUAACAGCGAAGGGCCUACACCCUUUCUUCCUAACCGUAACCCUCGGGACCACUGCCACCUGCGCCACCGAUGAUUUCGCUUCGGUAGUCCCCGUGCUGAUGGACUACCCAAACCUAUGGGUCCAUGUCGACGCAGCAUUCGCCGGCGCAGCUCUCAUCCUCCCGCAAUACCAGCACGUCCCAGCCCCCUUCGAGCAUUUCGACAGCUUCGAUAUGAACAUGCACAAAUGGUUGCUAACAAACUUUGAUUGCUCAUGCCUAUACGUCAAGACUCGCAAGCACCUGUUAGACGCCCUCUCUAUAACCCCCCCCUACCUCCGAAACCCAUUCUCAGAGCAGGGCCUAGUCACAGACUAUAGAGACUGGCAAAUCCCCCUUGGCCGCCGGUUCCGUGCACUCAAGAUCUGGUUCGUAAUGCGCUCAUACGGAGUCUCGGGACUGCAGGGGCAUAUUUGGAACUCAAUCCGGUACGGGGAGAGUUUCGCACAGUGGGUGCGCGAUCGUGCAGACAUAUUCGAAAUCGUCGUACCGCCGGCGUUUGGGCUGACGGUAUUCGCAGUCAAGGCGGCGCUGAGGGAGGAGAGUAAUCGCUUGACCAAGGCUGUGUAUGAGGCGGUGAAUGCCCAUGGGGAGAUAUUUAUCACGAGCACAGUUAUCGACGGGACUUAUGCAAUCCGUGUUGUGGGUGGUGGGCCCAAGACUCGAGAGGAGGUGCUCCGGAGGGCAUUUGAGAUAUUUGUUUGUAAGACGGAGGAGGUGCUUAGGGCUACGGAUGCAGCUAAGGUUGAUGGUAUCGAUGGUGUCAACGGGGUCGCCAAGGUUAACGGCAUGAACGGUGUCAAUUAUAUCGCUGCACUAAAGUAGGAGGGUUGGGUAGGCGGGCAUACCGGGGGUCCUGGUUUUGCCCUACCUACGAGUGAUAACAUAUGCUUGGUUGAUAUGCGAGGGGGUCGUCUCUAUUCACCCCACUUUUUCCGUUGUUUGUUCUUUGCUUUCCCUUUGACCAAAGAGCGGGAGCAAGGAAGGAACCAUAUCCAGAUUGCAACUAUGUAUCAAUAGUGGUAAUGAACUGGGAAUCUAUUAGGGGG